CGUUGAAGCGUUUUUUUCUGUUGCUCAGAAGGUUUGGAACAAACAGUCCACUCAAGUUCCCUCUCCACCGCGCGUAAUGGACACCUCCGGGAGUUUUUAAAGAGGAUGCCGCAUUCCAGCUCCGUCCGCAUGAGCGCCUGGCAUUUUCUUUUUUAAUAACUUGAGAAGAGAAUGUGGAUUUUGUGGUUUUUGUUAUCAUGCUGCGCGGUGAAGUAAUGGACAUAAACUUUUCUGUUUUUCCCCCCCUUUAAGUUACACCUAGUGGGGAAUUUGACCACUUGAUUAAAAGGGACGGAGCGCAAAACCAACUAGAGAAAUAAAUCAUGCGCUGUUCAUAUAAGGGGAGAUGGCAUGCGUGCUCCUCUUCAGUCGACUUUUGCCAUUCUCACAUCGGCUCAGAGGAACCUCAAUUUGUUUGUUAUCUCUUUUUCUUUCAUAUUUGUGCUAUUGUGCACUGUUCCCCGACGGUGCGGUUGUGCAAAAGUCAGGUAAUCCGCCGCCAGGCUGUCAGCGAGCUGAUGGAGCCAAACGGCGCCUCCAGAAAUCCCUCCCCUGCCGCUCACUGUCGGACGCGAUGUUUGUGGAUGCAUCGCAGCUAAAAACUGACCAAAGACGCGCUUCCAUUCCUCACAUCGCCAGGAAUAACACGCCUAUUCCUCCGAUGAUUAAUUUAAAGUUUGGCAAUAAAAAGUUGCCAAACGCUAUCAUAGUUGGCGUGAAAAAAGGAGGGACGAGAGCGGUCCUGGAGUUUAUAAGAAUUCAUCCGGACGUGCGAGCUGCUGGAACAGAAACGCACUUCUUUGACAGGAACUAUGACAGAGGGCUGGAGUGGUACAGAGGUUUGAUGCCACGGACCCUAGAAAGCCAAAUCACCAUGGAGAAGACGCCAAGCUACUUUGUAACAAAAGAGACUCCGCGGAGGAUUUCCACCAUGUCCCAGGAUACCAAACUCAUUGUUGUGGUGCGUGACCCAGUCACUCGAGCAAUAUCAGAUUACACUCAGACUCUGUCGAAAACUCCCGAUCUGCCAAGCUUCCAGGAGCUGGCCUUCAGAAAUCAAAGCCUGGGCCUCGUUGACAUGUCUUGGAAUGCCAUUAGGAUUGGCCUGUACGCCCUUCACCUGGAAAACUGGCUCCGGUACUUUCCUUUGGCUCAGAUCCACUUUGUGAGUGGAGAGCGUCUAAUCACAGAUCCAGCAGGGGAGCUGGCUCGGAUACAGGAUUUCCUUGGGUUGAAACGCAUUGUCACUGACAAACAUUUCUACUUUAAUCGCACCAAGGGCUUCCCAUGUCUUAAAAAGCCAGAGAGCAGUGGUUCACCUCGCUGCUUGGGCAAGUCAAAGGGCAGAACUCACGUACAGAUAGACAGAGAAGCUAUUGAGCAGCUGCGGGACUUUUACAGACCUUAUAAUGUCAAGUUCUAUGAAAUGGUCGGACAUGACUUUAAGUGGGAGUAGAUGUCAAAAAGAAAAUCUGUUUCCUUACAUUCUACAAAUAUAUGCCUGCCAGCGGAUUGUUUGUCAAACAGCAGAAGGAGUUUAAAACUUUAAAGAGACUUUCAAAAGGGCACUUGCACUUGUAAUAACUAGUUACCAGCAUCGGAAUCAUACCUGUUGCUCUGUAUCAUAUUAACUAUAUAAUCACAUUCAUUUGGUUGUUGUUAAUGUGGAUAAUUGUGGACGCGACUGCUGAUUUCCUAUUGAUUCUCACGAAAUGAGAGUAUGGUGGAACUUUAAAGCACCACCUUGGAAAAUGUCAAUGAAGUUUUCUGCUGUAGCACUGUGGUGGGAAGUCCAAAAGCCAUAGGGUAAGUAUUAAACCACUUUUUUUUUAAGAGUUGUAACUUAUUUCCAGCAUGACCAAGCUCAAGAAAGCAGGCGUGUAUGCUGUUUCUUCUGUGCUGUGUUUGCAAAAUCUAUGCUUAUAUUUUUGUUACAAGGAAAUGUACUCACUGCAAUGCUUAUUUGUGAACAUUAAUAAACUUAAGUCAAGCACAA